UUAUCAUUUAUUUUCACAUCAAUCGGUUGGAUGCUGACGAUGGAAUGAGCAGAGCGGGUGGAAAAGACUGGCGAGUAAAGAGCGAUGGGAAUAUCGUCCGGAGGUCUAGUCAAAAGUCCGUACUCAUUCCUCAAUCCUCACUCAUUCGUUAGACGCCACGCGAUGCGUGAACACGUUGCCCGGAGCCCUUCGUUACUCUAUUUUAUUUCCUGAAUAGUUCGAGGGCGCACGUGGUUUCGUCGUCUGACACACUCUCUCUCUCUCUCUCUCUCCUCUCUCUCUCUCUGAUUCCCUCUCCCUCUAGUUAUUCAGUAUCGAAUAUUUAUUAAUUACGCUGGGACAUUGGACCGACAACGACGGAAGAGUCUCCCGAAACAGAUAAGGGGUCUUGCAACAUCACGAUGGAAGAUACUGAGGCAUGCUCAGAGGCAAUGUCACGUUUGGCAGUUGUGGAUGCGGGGGAGAGCCUACCGAGGAGCAAGGGAGAAACUAGGGGGCAGAAAGCGUCGGGGUUGACGCAUGAGUGCGGGGUUUUCGGGUGCAUCGCCGCUGGGGAUUGGCCGUCCACGAUUGAUGUUGGACAAGUCGUUUGUCUUGGACUUGUGGCCCUGCAGCACAGAGGCCAAGAAAGUGCUGGAAUAGUCACAAGUGAGGGGGUGUGUGCCAAAUCAUUCCACGUCCACAAGGGAAUGGGAAUGAUUAAUAAUAUAUUCAACGACCAAAGUAUGAAAAAAUUGAAAGGCAAUUUGGGAAUUGGUCACACGAGGUACAGCACCAGUGCAGCCAGUGAGGAAGUUAAUUGUCAACCGUUUGUUGUUCACACUGCACAUGGAGCCUUGGCUGUGGCUCAUAAUGGAGAGCUUGUAAAUACGGAAUCUCUGCGAAAAAUGGUACUUGGAAGAGGUGUUGGCCUGAGUACUCACUCAGACUCUGAAUUAAUAACACAAGCACUGUGCCUGAACCCUCCAGAGGGAGAGGUGAACGGCCCAGACUGGCCAGCACGUAUCAAGCAUCUCAUGCAGCUUGCUCCCCUCUCCUAUUCCCUAGUUAUCAUGCAGAGGGAUAAAAUUUACGGGGUGAGGGACCCCUACGGCAAUCGCCCCCUGUGUCUCGGGAAAAUAGUGCCGAUAGGCAAGCUCGCUGGAAACGAGUCUGAGGACGACGACGAUGCAGAGGGCUGGGUGAUAUCCUCGGAAUCCUGUGGAUUUUUGAGUAUUGGUGCUCGUUAUGUGCGAGAAGUUUUCCCAGGUGAAAUUGUUGAGUUGACUCGUGAGGGAAUAAAGACGAUAGACAUCGUGGAGAGGCCGGAUAAGAGGCCUCAGGCAUUUUGUAUAUUCGAGUAUGUCUAUUUUGCACGGAGUGACAGUAUUUUUGAAGGACAAAUGGUGUACUCAGUACGUAUGCAGUGUGGCAGAAUGCUGGCUCUGGAGUCUCCAGUAGAAGCAGACAUCGUGAGUUCUGUGCCUGAAUCUGGAACUGCAGCAGCUCACGGCUACGCGAGGCAAUCAAAAAUCCCCUUCGCUGAAGUUCUCUGUAAAAAUCGAUACGUAGGAAGAACAUUCAUUCAACCCAGCACCAGACUGCGACAGCUGGGGGUGGCGAAGAAGUUUGGAGCCCUCUCUGAGAACGUCAGAGGGAAGAAGCUCAUUCUCAUCGAUGAUUCCAUUGUCAGGGGCAACACCAUUGGACCGAUCAUCAAGUUGUUGCGAGACGCCGGGGCGAAGGAGGUGCACGUCAGGGUGGCAUCACCUCCUCUCAAGUAUCCCUGCUACAUGGGGAUCAACAUUCCCACGCGAGAGGAACUAAUUGCCAAUCGAUUGGACAGUGUGAAAUUAGCUAAACACGUGGGUGCAGACUCACUCAUUUAUCUGUCGGUUGAUGGACUGGUCCAGGCUGUCAGGCAUAAAAUGGAUAACAGGGAGAGCAGCUACAUUGGACACUGCACGGCAUGCCUCACCGGAGACUAUCCUGAUGAACUACCUGGUGAUCUUGACUGGUGAACGUCGACGAGUUAAUUAUGGGAUUUAUACAUUAGAGGAAUAUGCAAGUGAUUGAACGUUCUGGCCAUGGUUUACUAGGACACUUCAGUAUUGAAUCAGCCUCAAUGGUCAACAUCACACGAUGCACAGGCGGAAUCUCCAGUUUUGGCAUAUGAGUUUUUAUGAAUUUAGUUUCGUUUAUUAUCAAUGAUUCAUUUUGUGUUCUCAGUCUCGGAGGCAGAUACUUCAUGUAGAUUAUUCAUGUGGAUUAUUUUUUUUUAUAAAUAUUCUCGUUGUUGGCGGAGAAUAUCUUUACAUUUUUUCGAUUGUGUACAGAUGAUAGGCAUUGUAGGAUUAUGAAUAAAUAUGCAUUUAUACGCUC